UGCACGCAUUAUCUCAAUGAAAGGUCCGUGAUUCGCACGUGACGUGCCGGAUCAUCGUUGACCCUCAUCAUGCAACGAUGAGGCUGGGGUCAAGUGCUCAUCCAGCACUAGACCAUUGCCUUUAAUAAUAGCACCGCCUUAGCCCAAUUUCCAGCAAUUGACGCAACAGAGAACUCAACCAAUGCCCGAAUCCAUCCCACAACGCUCCCGUCCCCCCCAUUGAACUGCAAGAAACACUACCCGCAUCCUGCGGGGUACUACUUAACCCCCCCCCCGGGAACAACUCCAACGACAAGCAACCAUGGACGUACGAAAGAAGAAGAGAAAGGUUCUCCUAAUGGGGAAGAGCGGCUCAGGAAAAUCCUCCAUGAGAUCAAUAAUCUUCAGUAACUACGUCGCCAAAGAUGUCCGUCGCCUAGGAGCCACAAUUGACGUGGAGCACAGCCAUGUCAAGUUCAUGGGGAACCUGACACUGAACCUGUGGGACUGCGGAGGCCAAGACGCUUUCAUGGAGACAUAUCUGGCCUCACAACGAGGGAACAUCUUCUCGGACGUAGCCGUGCUAAUCUACGUCUUCGACAUCGAAUCCCGCGAAGUAGACCGUGACCUCGACACAUACAACGCCAUCAUCGCCGCCCUGAAAGAGUACAGCCCGAACGCCUACGUCUUCUGCCUCGUCCACAAGCUCGACCUCAUCCAGGCUGAGCACCGCCAGCGCAUCUACGAAGAACGCUCCGCCCUCAUCCGCAGCCGCUCCGAAAACUUCUCCAUCGACACCUUCGGCAGCAGCAUCUGGGACCAAUCGCUGUACAAGGCCUGGGCCGGCAUCGUCCACCGCCUCAUCCCCAAUCUCACCGUCAUCGAACGCUUCCUGCACGCUUUCGCGAAGCGCAUCGAUGCAGAGGAGGUCAUCCUCUUCGAGCGCUCCACUUUCCUCACCGUCACCUCCGUCGCCUCCGAAGUAGGCGACCUAAACCCCAUCUACGAUCGCCACGAGCGCCUCUCCAAUAUCAUGAAGGCGUUCAAACACUGCGCCGCUCGCAAUACUCAUACCACGCCUGCGUCGGCCGGUUUUGUCGUCAUGCAUACCAAAACCCCCCAGUUCAACGUCUUCUUGGGUCGUUUCACCGAUAACACAUAUAUCUUCCUCGUCGUCCCCCCAGGCGAAGCAGCCUAUAAUUGCGCGGUAUUAAAUACAAUGUUAGCCAGGGAGGGAUUCUCUAAAGCAGCAGCAAUGGGUCAUGGAGAUGGCUUCCCGCUCCCAGCACCGGACUCUCCAGACGGUGAAAUAGCCAACAAUUCCCAUGCAAAUGGUUAACCAUAGUUCUCUCCAAGAAAACCCCAACGGGAAGUAAAUAAAGAAAGAAAAAAAAAGACCGUAUGCCAAACCAGGUGUAAACAAAAAAAAGAAGGUUAGGGAAGGGGAGGCAAAAAUUGUCGGAAUAUCGUCAAAGCUCUUUGUUGUGUUAGAUACCCCAAGCCAUUGAACAUAUCACAUUAUUCCUGAUUGCCUACUUUGUACUGUUUCUUUUUGCUCGUAUGAGGUUAAUCAUGGAAAUAAGGAUUUAAUGGACCGAUUUUUUAUAUUUACUUUCUUUGACGUCUCUCUUUGUUCUUGUUGCUCCUUAAAUCGUGUGUAGGCUUUGAGCUCGUGAAGCUUAACUGUUUCGCCUCAUUGGUGUACCAGUGUACUGGUAACUAGCGCAACUGUCUAGAAGGUUUAAUGCCCAAUGCAUGGUUUGUCGAUCCAGUAUAGGACGUCUGGUUAUAGAUGAGAACCCCUAGUUCCGGCCUAGUGACU